AUGGCGGACGACGUCGCCCCGUGCACCGCAUCCGGCUACCUCGACCCCUCCUACUGGGACGGGCGGUUCGGGAAGGAGGAGCACUACGAGUGGUUCAAGGACUUCUCCCACUUCCGCCACCUCCUCGCCCCGCUCCUCUCCCCCUCCCUCUCGGUUCUGGAGGUCGGCUGCGGCAAUUCGCGGCUCGGGGAGGAGCUCUUAAGGGAGGGCGUCACUGGCGGCGUCACCUGCAUCGACCUCUCGCCGGUCGCCGUCCAGAGGAUGCGCGACAGACUGGCGGAGCAGGGCACCAGUGGUGUGGAUGUGGUGGUGGCUGACAUGCUUGACCUUCCGUUCGAGAGCGAGAGCUUCGACCUUGUGAUCGAGAAAGGGACCAUGGAUGUGUUGUUUGUGGACAGUGGUGAUCCAUGGAACCCCAAUCCUACAACAGUGGAUAAUGUAACCAAAAUGCUUGAAGCCACACUUCCGUCGUCGAUUUUUCGAAGCACCUGA